AUGUCCCAAGCGAAACCCUCGCCCUCAAAGGGCGGGGUGGGACAUGCUGCGAGUGUCAAAUCUCAACGGCACAAGCGACGCUCUCAGCUAUACAACAGACUGUUGAGGAUUGCGCGUCCAGCCGCGAAGACCAUUCCAGUGGUGGGAACCAUCAUUGAAGGCUCCCUGGAAACGGCUGUCGAAGUUUCGAACUUGCAUCAGGAUGUUUCUAAGCAGCCCGAAGAAUGCCGUGGGAUUCGUAUGCGUGCGUGCGGUAGAUACGAGGAACUUGAAGGCGCCACCGUCGGCAACGUGCUGCCCAGCAGUACGCUGGAGCAUGUGGGUCAAUAUCUCCGCAACCUACAUGAUAUUGAGAAUGCUAUGGCCAAGAUGGAGAACCUGUCUAAGUUUAAUCGCUUGCUCCGUUUGUCGGAGAUACAAGACGAGGCCAAGACCUGCGAAAGAGUCCUUCACGACGCAUGCGAAGUACUCGAGAUCAAAGUCAAAUUCUUCACCGCAUCGAGGCGAAAGUGGACAGGUUUCUAUUGGUACAAGACCAGCAUUCCCGGGAAAUUUCGGCCAGGCUAG